CUAAUUUUCAGUCUUCUGGCAAUAUAAUCUGGUGAAUGGGGAAAGACUUCCAGCAGGGGCUCCGGUUUCCUCCCACAGUCCAAAAGUGUGCAGGUCUCCAUGGACCUGAGUCCAGAGAAGCACUCUGAACUUGAGGACAUCCGGCUGAGGAAAGGAGCCCUUCUGCUGGAGAUCCAGAGGCUGCGGGAGGCGCUGAGAGAGGCCCUCAUGGAAGUGGAGGUCCUUGAAUCCAGCACCAAACGCAGCCAAAUCUUAGAAAAGAAUAGGCAUGUCGCCAUGGGAAGAAAGAAAUUCAACAUGGACCCUAAGAAGGGUAUCCUGUUCAUGGUACAAAACAAUCUUCUCCGGCACACGUCUGAGGACAUCGCCCAGCUCCUAUACAAGGGAGAGGGGCUGAACAAAACAGCCAUUGGGGAUUACCUGGGUGAGAGAGACGACUUCAAUAUCCAAGUCCUCCAAACAUUUCUUGGGCUUCAUGAAUUCGUAGGGUUCAACCUGGUACAGGCUCUCAGGCAGUUCCGUCUGCCAGGAGAAGCACAAAAGAUUGACAGUAUGAUGGAGGCCUUUGCGCAGAGGUACUGUCAAUGUAAUCCUGGAGUCUUCCAGAACAUUGACACUUGCUAUGUACUUUCAUUUUCCAUAAUCAUGCUAAACACUAGCCUUCAUAAUCCAAAUGUGUGA